AUGAGCGAUUCUCCUCAGCCUUUUACCACGAGGCAAAUGUACAUUCUCGGAAAUGGUAACGAAGAGAGAUGCUCAUAUGACUUUUCACUUCUUGCAUUUGAAGAUUAUACGAAAUUCUUUUAUGCUCUUCCAAAUAUUCUGUACAAGAGAGUAAAAUCAGUUUGCUUUAAUAACACUUUCUACUCUGACUACAGUAGAGAUGGUAGGCAUAGCAGAAAACGUGAAUUAUUGAUUUUUGAUUCAAUAUUUUAUCAAAAACCUAGAUAUAUAAAAUAUCUCAUCAAAAUACUAACUCGUGUCCUUCCACAAACCAAAACUCUGGAAGAAAUUGAAUUUGCCGAUAUUAAAAUAAAUCCAGAUUUACUGAAUAAAUUAUUUGAAGCAAUUGGCAAGUCUCCAAAUAUAAAAUCAAUAAAAUUUUCAGAAGUACCAAUUGGAGAUGACCUAUUUAAGAAACUCCUAAAGCAUCUUUCUCCAUAUCAAAUCGAAUCAUUAAAUAUGUUCAACACAUCAUUGACUCCGAAGAGCCUUCAUCUUGUAAAUAAAUUCAUUGAACAAGCAGACGAAGACAAAACUCUUACAAAAACUCUUAAAACUAUUGAUAUCAAUCAAGAUGAUUUCCCAGCAAAGAGGUUAAAGCAAAUUAAGUCAAGAAAGAUCGAUGAUGACGAGAAGGAUGACUGGGAUUCAGAACCACAAUGGGCAACAAUGCAAAAUCCUGUUACUGAAGGAAUGACUCUUCCUUCAUUAGAAACAACAAAAGAUAAAUCAUCGACUCAUACUAGAGAAGAAGUUUCUGGUGAAGAGGAGGAAGAAAAUACCAAUUCCAAUGAAGAAAUUAAAAGAACAAACGUUUCUUCCAAAUCUGACUCAGAGAAUAUCAAAAACUCUGAUGAAGAACCUGUCUAUCACACAGUUUCUACUGAUAAAACGCCAACUACUCCUGAAGAAAAGCCAGAAAAAGAUUCGGAUUCGCAUUCACAUACAAAAAGCGUCGAAUCGCAUAAUUCACUCGAUAAUUCACCAUCUAAGAAUGAAGAACCGCCUAGUAAAGAUGAAAGCACUAAAACUCCCACAAAAGAUUUCGAAUCUCACACUUCGACUUCGACAAACGAUCCAGAACGAAACUUGAUCAUUCACAAGCUCAUGGAAGAGACAUUUAUUGAAGCAAAUAGAGCUGUAGAGGAUGCUUCUUUACUUGGAAAUAAAUCAAUUACUGCAGAAGGAAACCCAGAGCCUAUUUCUAUUGAGGAGAGGGCCAUCGAUCCGAUACCAAUUGAAAGUAACUCAUCAGAUAUCGAUGAAAAGGACCUUUUUGUUGAUUCUGAACCACAUGACGCCCAAAAUUUGAAAGUAACAGACUCAGAGACUAAGGAUGAAGAGGAGGAGUAUAAAGACUAUACAGAGAUCAUCGACCAAUAUGAAGAUGUUUACACUUUAGUUUCUGAGAAAUCUAGUGAAAAGAAUUGA